GGACAUUGAAACUGAUGGAGGGAGCAGACAAGCUGCUCUGGUCUGUGCAGGUUGAUCACCAGCUGUUUGCUCUGGAGAAGCUGGAUGUUACUGGCAAUGGGCAUGAGGAGGUGAUUGCGUGUGCGUGGGAUGGUCAGACGUACAUCAUCGACCACAAUCGGACUGUUGCCAGAUUUCAAGCAGAUGAGAAUGUCAGUGCAUUCUGUGCAGGCCUCUAUGCAUGCAAAGGAGGAAGCAACAGCCCCUGCCUGGUUUAUGUCAGCUUCAAUCAGAAGAUCUACAUCUACUGGGAUGUGCAGCUGGAGAGAAUGGAGUCCACCAACCUUUUGAAAAUCCUGGAUUGUGACCCAGAGUUUGGAAAUCUCCUGCAGCAACUGGGUGUGGAAAGAAAUGACGUUUCUGCUGUCAAAGAUCUGAUUCACAAAACACUCUAUUUUCCUGAGAAACAGCAGCAGAGCAGCCCCUCACAGUGUCAGGACUCUGCUGGAACAGACUCCUCUGCCCACUACACUGUCAUCGAGGAUCCCUUAUAA